GGUGUCGUACAGCCCACACUCCCCACUCGCUCACUCGUCGCUCCCAGCAUCCCAAACCCUCGAUCCCCUUUCUCCACCGCGGCCGCCAUGGCGUCGCCGCCGCCGCCGCUGGUCUCCAUCCCCAUCCCCGACGACCUCCUGGAGGAGAUCUUCCUCCGCCUGCCCACCCCGGACGCGGUCGCCCGCGCCUCCGCCGCCUGCACCUCCUUCCGUCGCGUCAUCAAAGGCCGCGCCUUCCGCCGCCGCUUCCGCGCGCUGCACCGGCCUCCCCUCCUCGGCUUCAUGGACGCAGCCGGAUUCCACCCCGCCCAGGCGCCGCACCCCUCCGCUCCGCUCACCGGCGCCCUCGCCCCCUGCGCCGCCGAUUUCUCCUUCGUCCCGGCCGUCGUUUCUUCUGCCUCCUACAUCCCGCGAGGUGUCCAAGCCGAUGGGGAAGGCCCCCGCUGGCGCCCCCGCGACGUCCGCGACGGCCGCGUCCUCCUCGAUUGGGUCUCCCUCCACCCACGCGCCAUGCGCAUAUGCUGCUACAUGGAAGACGGCUACGAAGUAAGCAUCCUCAUGGAUUUCGGUGAGCUCGCCCCGCGUGACCGCCCCACCUGGACUGAACGGGAGCGGUGCAACGCUGCCGAGUUCCACCUCGCCGUCUGUGACCCCCUGUCCAGCAGAUCCGUGCUGCUUCCAACCAUACCCGAGGAGCUCGCCGUCCAGCCGCAAGAUUACCUUCGGGAAUUCGAGCCUGUGCUCGCUCCCAACACCAGCGAGGACGGCGAGGAGGAACACUUCAAGGUGAUAUGCAUAGCAAAAUACCACACAAAGCUCGUCCUCUUUGUCUUCCCGUCCACAACUAUGCAGUGGUCUAUGGUCGAGCCUCCCAUUUCCCCUUCUUUGGAGCACAUGUCCUGUUUUGACUGCGUGCGCGGAUGCUUCUACUGGACAGAGCCUUAUCGAUGGAGUGACCAUUUGAUGGUGCUGGACACACGCACCAUGAGGUUUUCCACUGUCGACCUUCUCACCGGUUACCAUAUGGAGCUCAGAGGUCUGCCUGACCAGAGCUUUGAUCGUCGGCGCCCAAAUGCUGUUGUUUUGGGCCGAGAAGGAACCCUUGAGAUGUUUUCUCUUGUCCGUCAACACGGAUCCUUUGCCCUCUAUCAUACCUCUCUGCAGAAUAAUUCGCAGGAAUGGAAGCUUGAGAAGGUCAUACAGCUGCCUCGACAAUAUCAUGACUAUUCCAUUUCCACAGUGGGUGCAGCUGAGGGAUUCUUGUUCUUCCGAGGCACUCUAGAAGAUAUUCCUGUUGAGAAUGUCAACGUGGAUUGCUACUCAAUGGAGGUCAAUACAUAUGGAAUUACCAAAGUCUGUACAAAGACGGAGAAGUACUUCAACCGCACGUGUACCCUCCCAUACUUUAGCUUCCCACCGCUGUUAUCGGAACCAACUAUCUGAUCAACUGCUCUGAGCUCACUGGCCUUGAUCUUGCUUGGACCUGAACCAUACAUCUGGAGUAGGAUGGCGGAUGUUCAAGAUGGUGCUGAUGUAGUUUGAUAUGUCCGUGUUAAGUGUCAUAUGUAUGUAAGCAGGAUAUGGUAUCAGCAAGUUGACUUUGCCUGACAAUGACGUCUAAGACUGGUAUUGUUGUUUGUGUUGGAAGAUUGGCUAGGCUAGUGGUGCUGACUUUGGUUAUAUUCUCAUGUGCCAGUACUAGAUUUUCUCUAGAUGAGUGGAUGGGUUUGUUCAUCUCUA